UAAAAUUAUUAUUAUUAUUAUUAUUAUUAUUAUUAUUAUUAUUAUUAUUAUUAUUAUUAUUAUUAUUAUUAUUAUUAUUAUUAUUAUUAUUAUUAUUAUUAUUAUUAUUAUCUAUCCCCAGGCAAUCUUUCUCAGCUGUUACACUCGAAUCUACCACUUGUUUCAUCAGUCCACCCCCCCACCUCUUCUUGUGUCCCGUCCAUUACCCACUAUUAGCGCUUAUUAACGCAACACCCCCUUUCACCGUGAUCUGUUCCUAGAGUUUGUUCAGAUGUUCUGGAUCCUCCGAUGGUAUUCCCCCCCUCAUGGUCUUCCAUGCUGGCGAUGAGGAUGGGAUUUUGAGGCCAGAAGCCAAGGAAGGAGCUGAAGCCGCAAUCGAGAAAAAACUGAGACCAUGUUCCGAGAGAGAUACGGAGCGACCGCAUCCUGAAUCCAGCCAGGCGAGCGAGCGGAGCACAGGAGAAUCACGAGAUGAUGUCUGCCUACACACUGCCAGCGCCUUUCAACCCCAAGGAGGAAAAGUGGGGAUCCUACAUGUCCCGGUUCGAGUGUUUCAUGAUGGCCAACGACCUGCAAGGGCUACCGGACGUUCGAAAGAAGGCCCUAUUCCUGAGCCACUGUGGACCUCUAUGCAAUCUUCCUGAAAGACAAGGCAAUAGUGGCUGAACCCCUACACAGACUGUUAGCCAAAAAAUCCACUUGGAAAUGGGGGAAGACUGAAGACAAGGCAUUCGUGGGCAUUAAGAAACUGCUGUCAGCUGAAAGUUUUCUAAUACAGUACAACUCCACGCUUCCCCUUGUUUUAGCUUGUGACGUGUCUCCGUUCGGGGUGGGAGCCGUCCUGAGCCAUAGACUCCCGAAUGGCCUAGAGGCACCCAUCGCCUACUACUCCCGAACUCUGUCAAGUGCCGAGAGAAAUUACAGCCAGCUUGACAAGGAGGCCCUCGCUGCCGUUUCGGGAGUGAAAAAGUUUCACGAAUACCUAUUCGGGAGGGACUUUGACCUGAUCACCGACCAUCGACCGCUCCUGGGUCUCCUCGCGGGAGACCGACCAACACCGGCAGCCCUAUCGCCCAGGAUGACACGCUGGGCCAUCUUACUCGCGGCAUACUCAUAUUGCCUGGUACAUCAACCAAGGGCGGACAUGGGCAACACGGACGCACUCAGCCGAUGCCCACUACCCGACAACCUAGAUGACCCCACACCCGGCAUUCCAAUCCUGCUGAUAGACGUAUUGGACUCAGGACCCAUUACAUCAGCAGAAGUAGCGAGAGCUUCAACCAAGGACCACAUGAUCCGGACGGUCGCAAGUUGGGUCAUGAGGGGGUGUCCGGAAAGGAUUGGGAGCGGGAAAUUUAAACAGUUCGCGAACAAACGGGAUGAACUAACUAUGCAAGGGGGGUGUCUGCUAUGGGGCGAUCGGGUCGUUAUUCCCUUGUGCCUAAGGGAGAAAGUGUUAAUGUUGUUGCAUGAGGGGCACCCUGGGAUUGUUCGGAUGAAGGGGCUAGCCAGGAGCUACGUCUGGUGGCCCAAUAUGGAUGCAGACAUUACCGAGUGGGUGGGGAGAUGCCAGCCCUGCCAGGAGUCUAGGCCAGAUCCGCCAACAGCACCAGUGAGGGAGUGGGAAAGACCCCAGGGACCCUGGUCCACAAUCCACAUAGAUUUUGCCGGCCCGUUUCACGGACAGACCUUCAUGGUCAUCGUAGAUGCAUUUUCCAAGUGGCUGGAGAUUAAGCUAAUGAAGGCCACUACCACUGACACAGUUAUCAGGGAGCUCAGACAGUUAUUCACCACCCAUGGGUUACCGGACAUCCUAGUUUCGGACAAUGGGCCACAGUUCACGGCGACACAAUUCGAGGGGUAUUUAGCGGACCUAGGGAUCAGACAUGUCCUUUCAGCCCCGUUCCAUCCGGCUAGUAAUGGUCAGGCUGAGAGAUUUGUGAGAUCAGCCAAGGAGGCCCUCUCACGGCUAGGCCCCGGGGAUUGGCAGGAAAGAGUAGAUAAAUUCCUAACAGCACAGCACUCCACACCUUGUACAGCCACAGGCCGAAGUCUGGCAGAGCUCUUAAUGGGACGGAAGCUCCGAGGGGUGUUAGAUAGACUCGAUCCCAACUACUCUCCAGUAGUUCUUCAAGGGGGAGGAGAGGAAGCUCAGAGAAUUCGCCAUAGGAACCCUGGUGCAUGCCAGGAACUACGGGAGGGGCCCACUCUGGGAGGCAGGAACAAUUACAGAAAUUACGGGGCCCAAAUCGUACAGGGUUGACAUGGGGGAUGGGAGAGUCUGGCGCAGGCACAUUGAUCAGCUGAGGAAACGAAUAGCCGCAGACGCCGAGGAAAGAUUCGACGAACCGAUCCCUGACUACCAACCAGAACCACAAACUACAUCAAGCCCGGGCAGAGCGGAGGACUUAGCUGACGAUUCUGGCAUCCAGCGCUGCCCCAUCGAGGAGGUCCGGCCCACCGGGGAAGUCGCCACCCACAAAGAAGUCUCGGAGGUUCCAUUGGCGGAGCAGGGAGAAACAGGGAGUCCCUCCAACCUGCUCGACGCCGCCCCUCCGACUGAACUGCGCAGGUCGACUAGGAUACGUACACGCCCUAGUCACCUGAGAGACUUUGUAUGCAAAUAACACCUAAGUGACUUCUGGGAGGGGAGGAGUGUUAUGUAAAUAGGUUUUCUAGGCGGGAAGUUUGAAUUAACUGACCAUCAGCUGAUUGGCUGACCACCACAGCUGCAAGGUAUAUAAAGAGAGCUGGCUCCCUGGGUCAGUCGCUGGGUUCUCACCAUACAAUAAAGAGCU